AUCGCUUGAAGUAUUUUCGAUUAGUAAAAUGGUAUUUUUUGAUUAGCAAAUGCUCAAGGAACUAUCGAAUUACUAUCGAUAACCUUGCUAGCGGUAGCAGCUGAACAAUAAAAAAAACGAACUCAAGGUGAAGUAAUUUGGCUUUUAAAAAUACAGCUACAGCCCCAGACAAAAACGGCCACUGAGCGCGGGGUGAAAAGGGGGCACAAAGGCAAGGCUGCUUUAGUCACCGUCUCCAAAACAGCUUCAGCAGCAGCACCAACAGCAAAAUGAGUGCGAAGAGCAAACGCCCUGGCACCGCGAAUAGCCAAACGCCGAACGAGUGCGUUCAGGUGGUCGUGCGAUGCCGUCCGCUGAGCAAUCGGGAGCGCACUGAGGGCUCACCGGAAGUGGUCAAUGUAUAUCCGAAUCGCGGUGUGGUGGAGCUACAGAAUCUGGUGGAUGUCAAUAAGGAGCAGCGCAAGGUGUUCACCUAUGAUGCGGCAUAUGAUGCGGCUGCAACACAGACAACUCUGUACCACGAGGUUGUAUUCCCGCUGGUCAGCUCCGUGUUGGAAGGUUUUAAUGGCUGCAUCUUUGCAUAUGGCCAAACGGGCACGGGCAAAACGUUUACGAUGGAGGGAGUGCGGAACAAUGAUGAUCUGAUGGGCAUUAUUCCGCGCACCUUUGAGCAAAUCUGGCUGCACAUCAAUCGCACCGAGAACUUUCAGUUCUUGGUGGACGUCUCUUAUCUGGAGAUCUACAUGGAGGAACUGCGCGAUUUGCUAAAACCCAACUCCAAGCACCUAGAGGUGCGUGAACGCGGCUCCGGCGUCUAUGUGCCCAAUCUGCAUGCCAUCAACUGCAAGAGCGUCGACGACAUGACGAACGUCAUGAAGGUGGGCAACAAGAAUCGCACCGUGGGCUUCACCAACAUGAACGAGCACAGCUCGCGCUCGCAUGCCAUAUUCAUGAUCAAGAUUGAGAUGUGCGACACGGAGACGAACACGAUUAAGGUGGGAAAACUGAAUCUCAUUGAUUUGGCCGGUAGUGAGCGCCAGUCAAAGACGGGCGCAUCGGCGGAACGCCUCAAGGAGGCCAGCAAAAUCAAUUUGGCGCUCUCCUCGCUGGGCAAUGUGAUCUCCGCACUGGCUGAGAAUUCGCCCCAUGUGCCGUACCGUGAUUCGAAGCUGACGCGAUUGCUGCAGGACUCGCUGGGCGGCAACUCCAAGACCAUCAUGAUUGCCAACAUUGGACCCUCGAACUAUAACUACAACGAGACGUUGACGACGCUGCGGUAUGCUCAGCGCGCCAAGAACAUACAAAAUCAGCCCAUUAAGAACGAAGAUCCGCAGGAUGCCAAACUGAAAGAGUACCAGGCAGAGAUUGAGCGACUCAAGCGUCUCAUUGCGCCGCAGCAGCAACAGCGCACCGAGAAACUGGCUGCGGCAGCUAAGAAGCGCGUCAAGAAGCCCAAACGAGAGCCGGCACAGCGCGAGCUAACGGACAGCGUAACGCAGGAGCAGCUGCAAGCGGCUGAGGACGAGGCGGAGAGCGAGGCAGAUGUAUCGGAGCCAGAGUCGGAUAAGGAAAACGAGGCGGAAGUCGCCAAGUCCAGUGAGCAAUUGGAGCGAGAGCGUGUAGAGAACGCAAAGCUGGCCGCCAAACUGGCUGAGCUGGAGGGUCAGCUGGUGCGCGGCGGCAAGAAUCUGCUGGACACGUACAGCGAACGUCAAAUUGAGCUGGAGAAAAAGCUGGUGGAGAUAGCAGAGCGAAAGAAGCGUGAAAUUGAAAUUCAACAGCAGCUGGAAUUGCAGGAGGAAACAACACUGGAGAUCCGGGAACGCAACGUAUCGCUGGAGCAGGAGGUCGAGUUAAAGAAACGCAAACUUUCCAAAUGCUAUGCCAAGUAUUUAGCGCUACAGCAGGAGCUCAACGACUGCAAACACGAUCAUAAUCAGGAUCUGCGCGAACUGGAGAUGGCACAGAACGAACUGGUCAAGGAGCUGAAACGCCAGCUGCUCAUCAUUGACAACUUUGUGCCAAUCGAGGUCAAGCAGCGGCUCUACACGCAGGCCAAGUACGACGAGGAGCAAGAGGAAUGGAAGUUUGCCUCAUUGCCGCUGCCCAUAAGUGCCGGCGAUGGAAAAUUUAGCAGCAAGCGUCCCGUCUCGCAUCCCCUACGCCGACGGCCCAUAUCCGAGUAUGCACUGCAGGAGGCCAAAUCGAGUGCACCCAGUGCCCUGCGCUUUAAAAGCGAGAACAUUGUCAGCUACGAGCUGGAUAUGCCCUGCCGCACUACACAAGAGUACAAAACGCCCAAGGUGUCCGCCUCCUUGCAAGCGGUGCUCGCUCAGGCCAUGCAAACCGGCGAUGACAUCGAUAUUGUGGACACCCAUACAAAGUCGCUGCGUUCCCGUCUCGAGAACAUCAUCAAUGGCAAUGCCAGUAGCGGCGCGGCUUCAACCGAUGACACGCCCAGCAGUGUGGGCGCCGCGUCCAACGUGCGUACCGUCAAGUCCACACGCAGCGGUCUGCCCAGUCCGGGCUCAGCUCUCGACUCGAACCGACGGCCGCCCACGGGCCGUGUGCCGCCCAAGAAGCCAGCGUCAGCUUAUCCCAAGGCGCGCGGACUGGUCAACAAGUAGUCAACGAAGGACUAACCCAAUCCAACUCAUCUCAGUCAAACACAAAUACACACAGACAUGCAUAAACUAACCAAAGCUCUCAUAGUCACAGUUAAAAAUCGAAUCCUUGUUCCAGUUGCGCAUCUAUGCAAACUAUUUAGCCCAAUCUUCGCACAAUUCUCGCUUUAUAAAAGUAUUUUUCAUUUUCGUAUUGUUUAA